AAGUGUUCGAGAGAAGUAGUGAGUGAUCAGAAGAAGCGAUGGGGAGAGGACCUGUUCAGUUGAGACGGAUCGAUAACAAGAUCAAUCGGCAAGUGACGUUCUCGAAGCGGAGAGCAGGAUUACUGAAGAAAGCUCAUGAGAUCUCAGUUCUCUGUGAUGCUGAAGUUGCUUUGAUUGUCUUCAAUGCUAAAGGAAAGCUCUUCGAGUACUCCACCGAUUCCUGCAUGGAAAGGAUCCUUGAAAGAUACGAGCAAUAUUCUUAUGCUGAGCGACAGCUUGUGGCAUCUGACCCUGAAUCACAGGGAAACUUGUCUUUAGAACAGGCCAAACUUAUGGCUAAGAUUGAGAUUUUACAGAAGAAUCAAAGGCACUACAUGGGACAAGAUCUUGAGUCUUUGAGUAUCAAAGAACUCCAAAGUUUAGAGCAACAGCUUGAUACUGCUCUCAAACAUAUUCGGACAAGAAAGAAUCAGCUCAUGUAUGAUUCCAUGUCGGAGCUCCAGAAAAAGGAGAAGGCGUUACAGGAGCAAAAUAACCAGCUUAUGAAGAAGCUCAAGGAGCAGGAGGAAGCACUUUCUGCCCAACAAAGUCAUUUGGAGCAGCAGAACGAAGACCAAAACUCACCUCCAUUCCUGCUUUCCCAGCCACUUUCUUACCUGAACAUUGGUGGCAGUUACCAGGCGAGAGGAAUAGGAUGCGGGAAGGAAGGGUCUCGUGGUCAAGGUCCGACCAACACUCACAUCCCGGCUUGGAUGCUUCGUCACGCGGAUGAAAUCAAUGAAUAAAAUAGAUCGAAGAGGAU